AUGAGUGGGACCUGUAUCCAUGAGCCCCGUGCCCCUUCCCCUUCCCUGUCAGGCUUCAGCACUCCCAUCUCAGAGCCCCCCUAUCGAAGACUCGAUGGAGACACCCCUGCAUGCACCCCCGAAACGGACCUGACCCCAACGCAGUGUGUCCUCCGUAACGUGCUGUCCAUCGACACCGGUGGACAGGGGGCGCCGGGUGGCAGCAGCCCCACUCCCAGUGAUGGACCCUCAGCCCACUUUGACAACAGCGUGCUAAAACUACAUGAACAUGAGGUGUGCCAGUGUGGCGGCGGGGCCGAGGCAGGGCACAGUCCAGAGGCUGGUGCUGUUCGGAGCCAGUCAGAGAACAUUCGGCUACAAUCAGGAAGUGGAGGUUUUUUGGAGGGACUGUUUGGCUGCCUAAAACCAGUCUGGACCAUGAUCGGAAAGGCCUACUCCACGGAACACAAACAUAGCCAAGAAGAGUCCUGGGAGGUUCCUUUUGAGGAAAUCUCAGACCUGCAGUGGGUGGGCAGUGGGGCGCAGGGGGCCGUCUUCCUCGGCAAGUUCCACGGAGAAGACGUGGCUGUAAAGAAAGUGCGGGACAUCAAAGAGACCGAGAUCAAACACCUCCGCAAACUCAAGCACCCCAACAUCAUCACUUUCAAGGGCGUGUGCACCCAGGCCCCUUGUUACUGUAUCUUGAUGGAAUAUUGUGCCCAAGGCCAACUGUAUGAGGUGCUGAGGGCGGGCCGUAAAAUUACCCCUUCCCUCUUGGUUGACUGGUCCAUGGGCAUUGCAGGUGGCAUGAACUACCUACAUCUCCACAAAAUCAUCCACCGAGACCUCAAGUCCCCCAACAUGCUGAUUACACAUGAUGACCUGGUGAAGAUCUCUGACUUUGGCACCUCAAAGGAGCUCAGUGACAAGAGCACCAAGAUGUCAUUUGCCGGCACCGUAGCCUGGAUGGCCCCUGAAGUGAUUCGGAAUGAGCCAGUGUCAGAAAAGGUGGACAUCUGGUCCUUCGGAGUGGUGCUGUGGGAGAUGCUCACUGGAGAGAUCCCUUAUAAAGAUGUGGACUCAUCCGCCAUCAUCUGGGGUGUGGGAAACAACAGUCUUCAGCUGCCCAUACCUGAGAGCUGCCCAGAUGGCUUCAAGAUCCUCCUCAGACAGUGCUGGAACUGUAAGCCCAGGAAUAGGCCUUCUUUCCGCCAGAUCCUUCUUCAUCUGGAUAUAGCAUCAGCUGAUGUAUUGUCCACUCCACAAGAGACGUACUUCAAGUCUCAGGCUGAAUGGCGAGAGGAGGUGAAACAGCACUUUGAGAAGAUUAAAUCUGAGGGCACUUGUCUCCACCGACUCGAUGAGGAACUGAUCAACCGACGCAGGGAGGAGCUCAGGCAUGCUUUGGACAUUCGCGAGCACUAUGAAAGGAAGCUGGAGAGGGCUAACAACCUUUACAUGGAGCUCAGCGCUGUCAUGCUGCAGCUGGAGCUCAAAGAGAAAGAGUUGCAGAGGAGAGAGCAGUCCCUGGAUAAGAAAUAUCCAGGCUUGUUUAAGCACCAUAGCUCCAGACAGAGCAGCUCCUCCAACUCCAUGGACAAACUCAUCAAGAAGAGAAAUGUCCCACAGAAACUGCCCUCAGGAAAGAGGCCAGACAUCCUCAAGUCUGAGGUAAUCAUUCCCAAAAUGGAUUCCUCUGUAAUGCAAGUCACUAUCCCAGCCUGCCCCAACAGAAGCUCCACUUCCCCCAGCCGGUCUCGGAGGGUAAAGACCCGUCAUCGCAAGCCCGGCAAGGGGAGCAGCGGGGACCUGGCUGGACUUAAGGCAAAUCAGUCCUCCCCUAAUAGGGACACAACUGCCCAGGCUAACAAUUCUACCACUAACACCUCCAAGCAGCUCCUGGAGCCCUCUGCAGCCCUGCGGGGCCUCAGCCAUGAGCAGCAGCAGAGGCAGCUCUCCUCCUCCAGCCCUGACCUCAUUUGCACCACACUGGAGGCAGAGGGCCAGGGAAAAGGGGAGCCCUCAGUGGGUGGGCUGGAAAGAGGCGGGAGCCUCAGUGCCUCUGCAGGUUUAGGGGGAUCAGAGGUGGGUGCAGCCGGUCUGGAUGAUCUCACAGAAACUCCUCCACGCAGUGACACUCCCAGCGAGGACGCUGCAUCAUUCCCAUUCUCCAGCAGCCCCGACUCGCCAUGUGGGAGGGGGGUAGCAGCAGGACGGGGAUCUCUGGGAUCUCCACGCUUGCCUCAUGACGGGGAAGACAAAGAGGAGGGAGCUGGUGCUGUGAGGUUGCCCCGGGGGGCAUCAGGGGGAAUUGGGAGUCAGCACCUUACACCUUCAGCCAUUCUUUACAGGGCAGCUAUCACGCGCAAACAGAGGCGUGGAGUGUCAUCAGAGGAGGAGGAGGGUGAAGUUGACAGUGAGGUUGAGUUACCACGGAGACGACGUCCGACCAGCAUCACCAAGUGCCAGUCGGUGUCCACUUUCAGCUCGGAGAACCUGUCGGUAUCGGACGGCGAGGAGGGCCACACUACCGACCACUCUCACAGCGGUACUCCUGAUGUGGUCAGCACCAACACCGACGACAGGUUGGACGACCGCAGCGAUGACCUCCUCUCCCAGGGGUCGGAGAUCCCGGCAGACAACACCGAUCCCGCGCAGGCUUCUGAUGGCCUGUCAGAGAGAGACGGAGCCCUGGGCCAGGCGAAAGCUCAGCUGGAUGCUGGGCAGAAUCCUAAUGAGAGUCGGGCCCUUUGUGAUGAUUCUGACUGCGACAGUGCUGAGCUGGACCAGUCAGGUAGUGGAGAGCCCAGUCGCCCCCCCAGUGCUGGAGCAUGGGUAUCGCCAUCUCAACCCUAUCAGGGGUCUCCACAGACGCCCCAUACAGGACCUCCGUAG